GGCUGCAGUUCUCAGCAGUGCCUAAACGAAGGCGUCUGUGCACAGAUCGACAUGGCCGCCUGAUCAGUGUUUCUACAAACGUGUGUUGCCUUUUGUGAGACUAAACUUGGGAAUCUAUCCAGAACUGCAAAGGAUCUGGAGUUUUUUUGUUGUUGUUUACGGGAAUACAGCGAUUGGCAAAAGUUUCAAAAUGCAGCCUCCUCCGAGAAAGGUGAAAGUCACCCAGGAACUGAAGCACACUCACACAGAGCAGAUGAGUCGGCUGCAUAUCAAGCAUCAGGCCGACUGUGACUUACUGGAAGAUCUCAGGACUUACAGUCAGAAAAAGGCAAUUUUAGAGAAGGACUACGCUCAGGCUCUGCAUAAACUGGCCUCACAGUAUCUGAAGAGGGAUUGGCCUGCUGUCCAGUCAGAGAAUAAAGAGCACAGGCACAUCUGCACGGUGUGGAAGGCCUACCUGGAGGGCAUGGUCCAGGUGACCCAGAGUCGCCUCAACGACUGCGACAGCUACAGGAGUCACGUGUGUGAGCCCAUCAAGACCUUCAGACUUCACAAGGAGCAGCAGCUGAAGAGGUGUGUGGAGCAGCUGACCCGUAUCCAGGCGGAGCUGCAGGACACGGUGAAAGAUCUGACCAAGACCAGGAAGAAGUACCAGGAGACGGAGCAGAUGGCCCAGGCCGUGAGGGAGAAGGCCGACAUGGAGGCCAGGUCUAAGCUCAGCCUUUUCCAGUCCAGAUCUAGUUUAAAGCGGGCCAGUGUAAAGUUGAAAGCCAAGAGGAAUGAAUGUAACUCCAAUGCCACCCAUGCUAGGAAUGACUACUUGCUUAUGCUGGCGGCUGCAAACGCCCAUCAGGACCGCUACUAUGAGACUGACCUCAUCAACUGCAUCAACGUUCUGGACGGCAGCAUCCACGACCACGUCAAGCACUAUCUGCUUUCUCUCUGCCAGACAGAGCUUAGCGCCUCACAGGCCAUUCACAACACGUUCAGCUCCCUUCUGGAUAAGUCCAACCAGGUGAUGCAUGACUACCAUCAGACGCUCUUUAUCCAGGAGAAUACCACAUUUCAGAAAAGCCCCAAGCCCACAUUUCAGAAAGCGCUCUUUAUCCUUUCAGUUAAGCACCCCUUCAGUUUCUUCCCUGUCAGACACCUGCUGAAGGAGAUGGGCACGGCAGAGGAGCACAGUCUGAAUAAGGAGGCGCGCAAGUGGGCCACUCGCGUAGCCAGAGAACACAAAAACAUCAUCCACAACCAGCGGACUCUGGCCGAGUGCGAAAGUGCGCCGCCAUCAAACGAGCAGAGCAACAACGAGCUGGAGCUGAAGAUGGAGGAGGCGAAAGAGAGCAUCAGGAAAGCGGAGACGGUAAAGCUGAAGGCUGAGGCCCGUCUGAACAUGCUGAGGGAGGUGGGCGUUGUCGUGGAUACCUGGCUGAAGAGCGCCAUGAACCAGGUGAUGGAGGAGCUGGAGAACGAGCGAUGGGCCUCCCUCAAUACCCACGAUGCAUCACUCUCCGGCACAGCUGAUUCAGAGCGAGAGGAUGAUGAGGAUGCAGAGGACACUGAGGCGUUAGACGACAGCAGCUCCAGUCCCUCCAGCACGCUGCGGAGCUACCCGCUCACCUGCAAAGUGCUGUACUCUUAUAAGGCGUCCCAGCCAGAUGAGCUGACCAUUGAGGAGCAGGAGGUGCUGGAGGUCAUUGACGAUGGGGACAUGGAGGACUGGGUCAAGGCCAAAAACAGGGCAGGUCAGGUGGGGUAUGUACCUGAGAAGUACCUGCAGCUGCCCUCGUCCAACAGCCUGAUGAGCAUGCUGCAGUCCCUGGCCGCCCUGGACACCAGGUCCCACUCCUCCAGCAACUCCACCGAGCAGGAGCCGGACGUCACCGUCACCGCCACCGCCAACGCUGUGCCCAACGGUGACGCCAGCGCGGUGACCUUUGCCAAGGCUAUUCGAUCACGAGGCUCAGCCGACUUGCGGAGCCUUCCCCGCCGUGCUGGUGGAGGACCUGACCGCUGUGGAGAACGGAGAAGUGUGUCAGGUGCCCCGUCCUUCCAGAGCCCGCAGACCACGUCUCCUCCGACUGCCCACAGCAGCCCCAUCUCCCUCAGCCCCCUCUCCAGUCUCCAUGGGCCUCCAGCUCCAGCAUCAGCACCGGCACCGGUACCCUCCCCGGCCCCUCCUCCGGCUCCGCCCUCCCCCUACACAGGCCCACCCACCACUCCUGGGACCCCUGUGACCCCCGUGACCCCUGUGACCCCCGUGACCCCUGUGACGCUGGCCACCCCCCCGUGCCCGCCACCGCCCAGCUCCAGCUCGGUGAACGGCUACCACCGACCGCCGCCACCCCCGAUGAAGACCUCCGGUCACGGCCACUCCCACGGCUCCACCCCACCACCCAGAUACCCAUCAGAGGGCGUGGCCGGGACCUUCAGACCAGUGCGAGCAGCCCCGCCGCCCCCUCCCCCCAAGCAGCAGGCUCAGGGUCAGGUGCAGAAGAGAGAGGAGGUGGAGGUCACGCUGGUGUGA